ACUCGCCGCAGGGGUGCCCCACUGACAGACACCGCUCCUACUAUGGGGUGGCUUUGCGUUGCCGUAGCAACGUGUGUGCUGGUGUCACGCUGUGUCAAAGGUGACCUCUGGUGGUGGAAAUAUGAAGAGGGAAUACGGCACUACAGCAAAGAGGCACUCAAUAAGGAGUUUCCAAACAAAACUCGUCCAGUCGGCUUCAAGCAUCCAGCCUUCCAGUGUCCUGAUAUGAGCCCCUCUCCUUCAGCCCCUUCCUCAGUGGAGUUGGUGAAGGCAGGCGAUAUCAAAGUGGUCGCCGCCCUGGGUGAUUCUCUCACAACGGCCAUCGGUGCCAACGCUACCACCGUCCUGGGCAUUCCCAUCGAGUUCCGUCACGUUUCUUGGAGCAUCGGAGGUUAUGGCUCAUAUGAGGACGUCAUUACUUUGCCCAACAUCAUCAAACUUUUCAAUCCCAACCUGCUGGGUGCCGCCCGAGGGAAAACGCUUCACGGCAUGGAGGCUGACGUGGGGCAAACGGGGCUUAACCUGGCCGUGACGGGACAGAACACCUUCAAUCUCCCUGGUCAGACAAGACAUUUGAUUGACACGCUCAGAGGUUUUGAGGGUUUAAACUUUGAGCAAGACUGGAAGCUGCUGACCAUCCUCAUGGGCAUGAACGACAUCUGCGACUAUUGCAAAGACAAGGCGCUCUUCUCUGCCGAGAACUUCAUUCACUACAUGACAGUCUCCUUGGAAAUGCUCAUGAAUGAGGUUCCUCGCAUGAUCGUCAACGUGGUGCAGAUCCUUCCCAUGCAGACCCUCAGGGAGGUGCAGAAGCCCACGCCGGGCUGCCUUCUCCAGCGCUCCUUCUGCUCGUGUCUGAUUGAACCGGUGGCCCGUUCUGCUGAGCUACGUGAGCUGGUGGAACUUAAUCUGGAGUUUCAGAGAAGAUUGGAAGCGUUGCUGCUCGCCGAUCGCUUCUUCCGAGAUGACUUUGCGGUGGUCUUGCAGCCAUUUUUAAAACAGGCCGACCCUCCUCGCCUUCCCGUAAUCCACAACAACAACAACAACAACGCUGUGACAUCAUCAAGCACAACAUCCCGUUUCUUCUCGCUCACUCGCUUGUGUCGUUUCUCCGAGCAGAGCGGCAAGAUUGACAUGAGCUUCUUCACCCACGACUGCUUCCACUUCACCAUCAAAGGUCAUGAGGAGCUGGCCAAGGGCCUCUGGAACAACAUGUUUCAGCCAGAGGGAGGAAAGACAGUUGUGAGCAGUUUUUCAGACCCCAUCACUCUCGUCUGUCCACCCAUGGAGCAUCCGUACAUCUUUACUCGACCACCCUCCGCCACAUCCGGUCAAUAUUCCGGACCCCACACCCGGCCGGUGGAGCUCAUCUACUUCCUGCUGUCUAUCCUCGUGGCGUUCAGGCGUCCUGGUUUUUGGUAGGACUCUUCCCAGGACGGUGAAGACAGCAUCACCGAAAGUAAGCCUUUUCAAACAGUUACGAAAAGACAACAAUGAGCCUCAUUGUAUCACAUCAAACGACGAGGACCUUUUUCGAAUUGCUGUUACUAUUUUUUCAAUGGUACCUUUUUAAUAUGUUUUAUGUUUUUGUCUUGU